AUGGCAACUCCAAGGGUCUUCGUGAUCCGUCACGGCGAAACAGCAUGGUCUCUGAAUGGGCGACAUACGGGCACGACUGAACUGCCUCUCACUGAGAAUGGAGAGAAGAGGAUCAUAGCCACUGGACGCGCGCUGGUUGGCGAUGAUCGAUUAAUCGUCCCUCGAAAUCUCGCGCAUAUAUACGUCUCGCCCCGUCGCCGCGCCCAACGCACCUUCAAACUUCUCGAAAUCGGCUGCAGAGAGAGGCUGCCGUGGGAGGAAACAACAACGCUGUCUGAAGAGGAAAUCAAGACAAAUGCUAAGGUGGAGAUCACAGAGGAUAUCAGGGAGUGGGAUUACGGCGAUUAUGAGGGCAUCACCAGCGCUGAGAUUAGGGAGAUGAGGAGCAAGGCCGGGCUUGAGCCGUGGGAUAUAUGGAGGGAUGGGUGCCCAGGCGGAGAGUCACCGGAACAAGUCACCGCGCGCGUCGACCGACUUAUCGAUGAGAUCCGUACCAAGUAUCAUGCGCCCGUCAUUGGGAAACCCAAGGGGGAGGCGCCGCCUGGAGAUGUGUUAAUUGUAGCUCAUGGACAUAUCCUCAGAGCGUUUGCUAUGCGGUGGGUGCAGAAGACGUUGAGGGAUGGCCCGACGUUCCUGCUGGAGGCCGGGGGUGUUGGGACACUGAGCUACGAGCAUCACAACCUGAAUGAGCCGGCGAUCUUGCUGGGAGGCAGCUUCAUGGUUGAUAUGGUCGAGAAGGCGGAAGGUGCAUCGAAACAUAAGGCGUCCUAUGAGGGAAGGCCUUGA